AUGAGAAAAAGUAGAGAAAGACAAAAGGUGGAGAUGGUGAAGAUGCCAAAUGAGAGCAACCUUCAAGUCACCUUCUCGAAGCGCCGGUCUGGCCUCUUUAAGAAAGCUAGUGAGCUCUGCACGCUGUGCGGCGCUGAGAUUGCCAUUAUCGUCUUUUCGCCUGGGAAGAAAGUAUUCUCUUUUGGCCACCCUUGUGUUGAAGCCCUCAUCGAGAGAUUUGUGACUCGAAAUCCUCCACCGAGCUUUGGUACGCUACAACUAAUUGAAGCUCACCGAAAUGUCAAUGUUCGAGAAUUGAAUGCACAACUUACUCAAGUGUUGAACCGAGUAGAAAUGGAGAAGAAGCACGGUGAAGAGUUGAACAAACUGCGAAAGGCAAAUCAGGUAUUAUUUUGGUGGGAGCUUCCCAUAGGAGAAAUGGAAAUGAAUCAAUUAGAACAACUCAAAGCAUCCUUGAAUGAGUUAAAGAAGAAUGUCACACAACAAGCUGAUCAGAUUUUGAUUCAGACUUCUAAUGACAAUCUGCCGCCGCAGUUCUUCCCAACUCCAACUCCGACACCGACACCCAUAAAUUCUAACUAA